AAGCCCCUGUUCCUUGUUAUACAGUGAUGCAGCAUAGAAGCAGAUCCCUCAGCUCACUGUGUCCUUGCUGGCCUACACUGAUCCCAUUUAUCAGCAUUUGGCCUGUGGCCAUUUGUGUUUUGGUGACUCCAUUGCUUGUCAAGGUUGUAAGGGUACUUGUAUCCCGCACUUUCUCAGGCAGGGCAUUCCAGAUUGCAGCCAUCUUCUCAGUGAAAACAAAAUCUUCAGAUUUCCUCAAAACCACUUGGUUCUCACCAAAAAUCUAUGAUCUCUGGUCUCAGUCAACUCCUCUGGAGAAAAGCUUCCUACUGUGUUCCCUACCUAUGGCUCGCCAUAGGUCGGGUACAUAGGAGGGAACACUCAGGAUUGUUGCCGAGGAAACAACCUUGCAAAAUGCUCAGGCCCCUCUCAGUCUUAUCUACUCCAAAGAAAGCAGUUCAAUCUAUCCCGCUCCCUUCUUAACUGAAAUGGUCCAUCCUGGAUCUUCCUGAACACCAUCCUGGUGAUUGUCUUUGGGACCUUCUCCAGUGGAAUUGUAUUCUUCCUACAGUGUGAUGCCAGAACUGCACACAAUAUCCUAAAAUUGGCCUGAUAAUGUUUGAAAAAGUUGUCCCAGGGAUUCCCUGAUAGUUGAUAUGAUUGUCCAGAGAUUGAAUGGUGUGUUGGCCUUCAUUAAUUGGGGGAUUGUGUCAAGAGCCAUUCGGUAAUGUUACAGCUCAGUAAAACCCUGGAUAUACCACAGUUGGAAUGUUGUGUUUAAUUCUGUCACUUCAUUACAGGAAAGAUGUGAAAGCUUUAGACAGGGUGCAGAGGGGAUUUACCAGGAUGUUUCCAUGCAUGUCUUACGAGGGUGUGUUGCGCAAGAUAGGUCUUUUCUCUUUGGAACAAAGGAGGAUGAGAGAUGGCUUAGUAGAGAUGUAUAAGAGAUACAGAUAGAAUUGAUAUGGGGGGCAUAAUUUUUAGUUGAUUGGAGAAAGGUAUAGGGGGAUGUCAGAGUCAUGUCAAAAAUGAGGUGUAAGUUAGAGAGUGGUGGGUGAUUGGAAUGCCCUGGCACGCGUGGUGGUAGAUCGAGAUAGAUUAUGGGCAUUUAAUGAUCUUAGAUUCACACAUGGAUGAUAAAAAAUGGAGGUUCAGAUUGAUCUUAGAGAAAGUUAAGAGGUUGGAAGAAUAUUGUGGCCCAUGUGCCCUGUACUAUUCUCUAAUGUUCUGUGUUUUAUGUAUUUCAUAACUUUUUUUGUCCAAUCUAGAAAGAAAUUUGCAAGCUUCUUCUAAAUUUCAGUGAGUACAAUACUAGUUAACCUGUUAGCUACACACACAAAAUGCUGGUGGAUCGCAGCAGGCCAGGCAGCAUCUAUAAGGAGAAGCACUGUCAAUAUAUGUUUGCUAAAUACCUUCUCUUGGAUUCCUGUGGUUGCCUGAAUUGUCACACUCUCCUAUUGAAUCCCAAAGUACAAAUAGUAUUUUAUUGGCGAGCUCUCUAUAAGUUUAUCAACAAUACCAUGUGCCUGUAAUCUCUUGUAACACGCGCAAAAUGCUGGUGGAACGCAGCAGGUCAGGCAGCAUCUAUAGGGAGAAGUACAGUCAACGUUUCUGGCUGAGACCCUUCAUCAGGACUAACUGAAAGAAGAGAUAGUAAGAGAUUUGAAAGUGGGAGGGGGAGGGGUGGGGUUGAUCUGAUAUGAUAGGAGAAGACAGGAGGGGGAUGGAUGAAGGUAAGAGCUGGAAAGGUGAAUGGCAAAAGGGAUACACAGCUGGAGAAUGGAGAGGAUCAUGGGAUGGGAGGCCUAUGGAGAAAGAAAGGGGGAGGGGAGCCCCAGAGGAAGAUGGAGAGCAAGCAAGGAGUGAUUGUGAGAGGGACAGAGAGAGAAAAGAGAAAAAAAAGGGGGAAAUACAUAAAUAAUUGAGGGAUGGGGUAAGUAGGGGAGGAGGGCAUUAACGGAAGUUAGAUAAAUCAAUGUUCAUGCCAUCAGGUUGGAGGCUACCCAGACGGUAUAUAAGGUGUUGUUACUCCAACCUGAGUUGAGGACAGUAGAGGAGGCCAUGGACUGACAUACCAGAAUGGAAAUGGGAUGUGAAAUUGAAAUGUGUGGCCACUGGGAGAUCCUGCUUUCUCUGACGGACAGAGCGUAGGUGUUCAGCAAAAUGGUCUCCCAGUCUGCGUUGGGUCUCACCAAUGUAUUAAAGGCUGCACUGGGAGCACCCAAUGCAGUAUAACAUACCAGCUGACUCACAGGUGAAGUACUGCCUCACCUGGAAGAACUGUCUGGGGCCCUGAAUGGUGGUAAGGGAGGAAAUGUAAGGGCAGGUGUAGCACUUGUUCUGCUUGCAAGGAUACAUGCCAGGAGGGAGAUCGGUGGGAAGAGAUGGGGGGGGGGGGGCUACGAAUGGACAAGGGAGUCACUUAGGGAGCGAUCCCUGUGGAAAGCAGAAAGUGGGGGUAGGAACAAUGUGCUUGGUGCUGGGAUCCUGUUGGAUGUGGGGAAGAUACAGAGAAUUAUAUGUUGGACCCAGUGGCUGGUGGAGUGGUAGGUGAGGACAAGGGGAACACUAUCCGAAGUGGGGUGGCGGGAGGAUGGGGUGAGAGCAGAUGUGCGUGAAAUGGGAGAGAUGCUUUUGAGAGCAUAGUUGAUGGUGGAGGAAGGGAAGCCCCUUUCUUUAAAAAAGGAAGACAUCUCCGUUGUCCUGGAAUGAAAAGCCUCAUCCUGCGAGCAGAUGCGGUGGAGACAGAGGAAUUGCGAGAAGAGGAUGGCAUCUUUGCAAGAGACGGUGGGAAGAGGAAUAGUCCAGGUAGCUGUGAGAGUCUGUAGGCUUAUAGUAGAUAUCAGUAGAUAAGCCAUCUCCAGAGGCAGAGACAGAAAGAUCAAGAAAUGAGAGGGAGGUGUUGGAAAUGGACCUGGUAAAUUUGAGGGCAGGGUGAAAGUUGGAGACAAAAUUAAUGAAGUCAAUGAGCUCUGCAUGCUUGCAGGAAGCAGCACCAAUGCAGUUCGUUGGUGUAGCGAAGGAAAAGUGGGGGAUGGAUACCCGUAUAGGCUUGGAACACGGACUGUUCCACAAAGCCAACAAAAGGACAGGCAUAGCUGGGACCCAUGCGGAUGCCCAUGGCUACACCUUUGGUUUGGAGGAAGUGGGAGGAGCCAAAGGAGAAAUUAUUAAGAGUAAGGACUAAUUCUGCUAGACGAAUGAGAGUGGUGGUAGUGGGGAACUGGUUAGAUCUGGAAUCCAAAAAGAAGCGGAGAGCUUUGAGACCUUCCUGGUGGGGGAUGGAGGUAUUUAGGGACUGGACAUCCACGGUGAAAAUAAGGCGGUGGGUGCAGGGAACUUAAAAUGAUUUUAAAAAUUCAAAGCAUCAGAAGUGUCACUAACAAAGGUGGGAAGGGAUUAAACGAGGGGGGAUGAAACAGUGUCGAGGUAUUCAGAAAAGAGUUCAGUGGGGCAGGAGUAAGCUGAGACAAUGGAUCCACCUGGACAGGCAGGUUUGUGGAUCUUGGGUAGGAGGCAGAAACGGGAAGUGCGGGGUGUGGGAACUAUGAGGUUGGUGGCAGUGGAUGGGAGAUCCCCAGAGCUGAUAAGGUUGGUGAUGGUGUGGGAGACAAUAGCCUGGAGCUCCUUGGUAGGGUCAUGAUUGAGGGGUAAAUAAGAGGAGGUAUCGGCGAGUUGUCACUGUGCCUCGGCCAGGUAGAGGUCAGUACGCCAGACUACAACAGCGACCCCCUUAUCAGCGGGUUUUAUAGUGAGGUCGGGAUUGGUGCGGAGGGAGUGGAGAACGGAGCGUUUGGAAGGAGAUGAGGUUGGACUAGCAUUUUGUGUGUGUUGCUGGUAUUUCCAGCAUCUGCAGAUUUCCUCGUGUUUGCGCUUGUAACCUCUUCUCUGUUUAGGAAGCAAUGAUGCUUUUUUAACUAUUUCCUCUGCCUGCCCUUCCAUUUGCAACUUGCAUGUACAGUAUACUCCCAGACCAGUUUUGGAAUUGUGACCGCUAGCUUAUUAUUAUAUAUUUUUGCCCUUUCAAUUUCUUCUGCUCUCUCUACAUGAUGAACAUCUCUCUGGCGUGGAAUCUCGCUGCCUACCGCUACCCCUGCCCCCCUGUCCGUUACUGAAUGAGUUUCCAGUGCCGGCUCCUCUGCACAGAUGAAGACAUUGAGCUGCUCUUUGUUCUGCCUCUGGCAGCUUCUCAGCCAGUGGUCUGCAGCUCAGGCAGUGAGUCACAGCAUGGUGGCUGCUACAGGUUCUUCAGUUCAAUUCCCUGGAACCGACAAGGAAUUCGAGAUCUUGAACUGGGCGUUUUCAAAUCCUACCAUAGCACUUCCCAUCAUAGAAGUUCGUAGAGGGCCCCCUAUCAUAUUUGAGAAGUACAAGAAUCGAAUUAAAGUUAACACUUCGGAUGGAUCCCUUGUGUUGUACAUUGUAAAGAAAGCAGACAGUGGCCAAUACAAAAUGACAGUGGAUUUAGACCCCAAGAGGACCAGGAUUCUAACUCUUCAAGUCUUCGAUCCUCUCUCCACACCAUCCAUCUCCAGCAACUUCUCUGAGAAUGGCACAGCUGUGCUGAGCUGCACAGUGCAGAGAGGGGUGGCCACUUCCAUUCGAUGGACCAGAGGUGGUGUUGUACUCCCGGUAGACCAACGGCAGUCCCUGUCUGAUGAGAAUGUAACACUCACCAUUUGGAAAACUCAGGAAUCGGACUCCGGAUAUUACACCUGCACUAUGGAAAAUCAAGUCAGUUGCACUAAUAGUACCUACCAGCUGAUCAUCAAGGAUCGUGAAGCCCACUACAGAGCUCGAUAUGGGUUGUUUCCAGCUGUUCUCCUGGUCUGUACAUCGGUGCUUGUGUUCAAUGUGCGAUUAGUGUAUGGUUGAAGACCCCGCCCCCACUCACUAGGACAAUGGCAGCAGGUCCACUGGAAGACAACCACCUCCCAAUUCCACUCCAGUUCACGUUAUCCUGGUUGGUGCCAUUCCUUCUGCACUGGUGACAAGGUCCAGGAGUUCCCCAUCAAGCUUACACUGUGCAAAGCACUUCUCCCUGGGAGCUGCAGCAUCUCCAAGACAUGAAAGGAAUUUAAACAGCAAUUUCAUUGCACUCAGCAGAAAUUUAUCCCACUUUAAACAAAGGAUCCCAGGACAAGAUGGACUGAAUUGGAAGGCACAUGGUAAUGUGCAAGAUUUAUGGUGCACAUCAGGGAAGAGAGCGAGCAAGAGCUGAAGACAAAGGAGAAAAUUGGAAUAAACUGGAUUCUUCAGGCUGGAAGACGUAACUGGUGGAAUGUCCCAAAUCAUUUCUUGGCCUUCAAGUAUUUGUUAAUUAGUUGUUUCUUGUCAUAUGUAGAGAUACAGAAAAGGACUCAAUGCCGUCCACGUAUAUCAUUUCAAAACAUUAUACUAAUUAUACUAAUGAGUAUAUUAUAUUAUCAUUAUACUAAUGAUGCAAAAAUAGUUCACUCAUGUUUAUAUAUACACAUCAUAUUUAUAUAUACACACUGAGCAAUGCAUUUACAGUUAACUAAGCGAAGCAGACCAUGAUCAGGUAACUUUCCACAGAAAAAAAUCUUUUGGCAGAGAGAUGACUUUUCACAGGAGCUCAAUAAAGACGGUAAUUAAUAGAAAUAGGAACUGUGGAAGAUUAAGUGUAAGGUGGACACCAGAAUAGUAUUAAACUCAAAGUCCAGCAUUGGCCAGUACACUUCCCACUCACCCACCCCCCAGCACCCAACAUCCAGCUUGCUAGUCUCUACUACCCCCUAUCCUCCCCGCGACUCCCAACCCUCCUUCCACACCUCAUGUCCCCUCCAUUCCUAUGAUCCUCAGCCCACUCCCCCUGAACAUCCCAACCCCCCUCUCCCUCCUGAAACCUCCCACUCUUUACCCUCCUCUGACCCUAGCCCCAACCCUUGCCAUGUCUUCACCAUCUCCUCUCUGAGGCAGAGCGUUCUGUGCUCAGAAAGGGCCUCACUUUUGUCCCCCUCCGUCCACACCUCAGUGAGUUCCGUGCCCGGCAUGAUGUUGAACUCUUCUUCCGUCGCUUACGUCUCCGAGCCUACUACUUUAACAAGGAUUCCCCUCCCCCUAUUGAUGACCCCCUUCUGCUGUCUUCAACCCUCCUCUUCCUCCUGGACACCCCCACUGGGCCUUCUACCUGCACUCGAUCUUUUCAUCUCCAACUGUCGCCGAGACAUCAACCAUCUCAACUUCACCACUCCUCUCUCCUGUUCCAACCACAGUCCCUCUGAACGCACUGUCCUCCACUCUUUCUGCACUAAUCCUAACCUCACCAUCACACCCGCAGACAAAGGUGGUACCGUAGUAGUCUGGUGGACAGACCUCUACCUCACUGAGGCCAAACAGCAGCUCUCUGAUGCCUCCUCUUACUUACCCCUGGAACAGGACCCAACCAAAAAACAUCAAACCAUUGUCUCCCGUACCAUCAGUGCAUCAAUGCCCUUAUCAACUCCGGAGACCUUCCAUCCUCAGCCAAAAAAAACUCAUAAUUCCCACAUCCCGCACUGCUCGCAUUUACCUCCUCCCCAAGAUCCGUAAGCCUGACUGUCCUCGUAGGCCUAUAGUUUUGGCCUGCUCCUGCCCCACUGAACUUGUAUCUGCCUACCUCGACUCCAUUUUGUCACCCAUAGUUCAGUCCCUCCCUACCUACAUCUGGGAUACAUCCCACGCCCUCCACCUCUUCAAUAACUUCCAGUUCCCCGGUCCCGACUGCUUCAUUUUCACAAUGGAUGUCCAAUCCUUAUACAUUUCAAUUCCCCAUCCAGAAGGCCUCAAAGCCCUCUGCUACUUUCUUGACAAUAGACCUCACCAGUUCCCCAACACCACUACACUCCUCCGGUUGGCAGAACUGGUACUCACAUUUAAUAACUUCUCUUUUGGCUCUUCCCACUUUCUCCAGAUCAAGAGUGUAGCUACGGGCACUGGCAUGGGGCCUAGCUAUGCCUGCCUCUUCGUGGGUUAUGUGGAACAGUCUAUGCUCCAAAUCUAUACUGGUACUGCUUCCCAACUUUUCCUUCGCUACAUUGAUGACUACAGUGGUGCUGCUUCCUGCUCCCAUGCUGAGCUCGUCAAUUUCAUUGACUUUGCCUCUAACUUUCACCCAGCCCUCAAUUCACUUGGUCCAUAUCGGACACUUCUCUCCCCUUUCUCAAUCUCUCGGUCUCUAUCUCUGGAGAUAGACUGUCCACUGACAUCUUCUAUAAACCCACUGACUCCCAUAAUUACCUUGAUUAUACUUCUUCCCACCCUGCCAAAUGCAAAAAUUCUAUUCCCUAUUCCCAGGUCCUCCGUCUCCUCCGCAUCUGCUCCAAGGAUGAGGCUUUCCAUUCCAGGACAUCCCAAAUGUCCUCUUUCUUUAAGAAUCGUGGUUUCCCUCCUGCCGUCAUCAAUGAUGCCCUCACCCACAUCUCCUCCAUUUCCAACACUUUAGCCCUCACCCCAUCCUCCCAUCAUCACAACAGGGACCGUGUCCCCCUUGUCCUCACCUAUCACCCCACCAGCCUCCGGAUCCAGCAUAUUAUCUUCCUCAACUUCCGCCAUCUUCAACAGGACCCCACCACUAAGGACAUCUUUCCCUCUCUGCUUUUCACAGGGAUCAUUCCCUCCACGACUGCCUGGUCCACAUGUCCCUCCCCACAGAUCUCCCACCUGGCACUUAUCCCUGCAAGCGUAAGUGCUACACCUGUCCCUACAGCUCCUCUUUUACCACCAUUCAGGGCCCCAAACAGUCCUUCCAGGUGAGGCAACACUUCACUUGUGAGUCUGUUGAGGCCAUCUAUCACAUCCGGUGCUCCUGGUGUGGCCUCCUCUACAUCGGCGAGACCCGAAGCAGAUUGGGGGUCCGCUUUGUCGAUCACCUCCACUCAAUCUGCCAUAACAGACAGGAUCUCCCGCUUGCCACCCACUUCAACUCUGCUUCACAUUCCCAUUUGGAUAUGUCCAUACAUGGCCUCCUCUACUGCCAUGAUGAGGCUAAACUCAGGUUGGAGGAGCAACACCUCAUAUACUGUCUGGGUAGUCUCCAGCCCCUUGGUAUGAACAUUGAAUUUUCCAACUUCUGGUAACUCCCUCCUUCUCCCUUCCCCCAUCCCACUUUCAUGCUGCCUCCUCUUCCAGCUGCCUAUCACCUCUCUCAUGAUUCUGUCUUCUUCUACUACCCAUAGAACUUUCCCCUUACAUUCCUUCUCCACCUUUCCUGCCUAUCCCCUCCCUGCUUCCCUUCCCCCACCCCUUCAUCUUUCCUCUGAUUCAUUUUUCACCUGGCACCCACCAGCCUUCUCCUUCCCACCCUCCCCCCACCUUCCUGCCCUCUUCUUCAGUCCUGAUGAAGGGUCUCGGCCCGAAACAUUGACUGCUCGUUUCCAUAGAUUCUACCCAAACUGCUGAGUUCCUCCAGCUUGUUUGUAUGUGUUGACUACUUCUCUGUUGGCUGCCUUGUUAUUCCUUGAGAUUAGGACAAUCAAUGUAGUAUCAUCAGCAAAUUUAAUUAGCAGAUUGGAACUGUGGGUGGCAACAUUGUCAAGGGUACACAGACAGUAAAGAAGGGGGCUUAGGACAUAGCCUUGAGGGGCACCUGUGUUGAGGGUCAGAGGGGCAGAGGUGAGGGAGCCCACUCUUACCAUCUGCCGACAAUCUUGACAGGAAGUCCAGGAUCUAGCUGUACAUAGCAGGGUGAAGGCCGAGGUCUCUGAGCUUCUUCUUGAAACUGGAGGAAUUAUGAUGUUGAAUGCUGAACUAUAGAGCAAGAAAAGCAUUCUCCCAUAAGCAUCUUUCUUCCCCAGUGAGUAAGGAUGGUGUGUAGAGCUUUGGCUAUUGCCUCAUCUGUUGAUCAGCUAUGUCAUUAGGUGAAUUGUAGGGGUCCAGUGUGGGUGGCAGCAUGCUGCAGAUGUAGUCCUUGACCAGCCUCUCAAAAUAUUUACUUACUAUUGAGGUGAGUGCAACAGGAUGCCAGUCGUUCAGAUUGCUAGGAUAAGUAGCCACUCAAUUUGCCCACAUUAUUUAUGUGAGUACUGAAACUCAGGGGACAAUAAAAUGGGAUGAUGCAGGACUGAUGGAAAUGGGCCUCUGAUGUUAACAAAACAGUCUCAAGGGGAUGAGUAGCCCCUCUUUUGUUUGUACCUGGGGACAGCAGGAUUAUUAGUUCAGUGAUUGGACAAGCAAAAACUCAGCAGUUUUACAGUUAAUCCCAAAAGAGAACAAAAACAGAAGUCUCAUUUCCUUCCCCUUCAAUUCCAAUGAAAUCGUUAAACUGCUGUUUGAAGCGGAAGCCACAAGCAUAAAUCUUAACAGUUUCUAAAGUUAUGACAUACUCCAGAAUAAGAGGAAGCUGAGAGAAGACCAACGGAAUUCAGUGUGUGUGUGUGUGUGUGUGUGCACUUGGAUGUAGGUGUGAGUUUGUUUGUGUGAAUGGGUACUUGUAAAAACCUCCUUCCAACUCAUUUCUCAUUUUUUUUAGACAAUAGACAAUAGGUGCAGAAGUAGACCAUUCGGCCCCUCGAGUCUGCACCGCCAUUCUGAGAUCAUGGCUGAUCAUUCACUAUCAAUACCCAGUCCCUGCCUUGUUCCCAUAUCCCUUGAUUCCCCUAUCCAUCAGAUAUCUAUCCAGCUCCAUCUUGAAAGCAUCCAGAGAAUUGGCCUCCACCAUCUUCCGAGGCAGUGCAUUCCACACCUCCACAACUCUCUGGGAGAAGAAACUCUUCCUCAACUCUGUUUUAAAUAACUGACCUCUUAUUCUCAAUCCAUCCCCUCUGGUACUGGACUCUCCCAACUUCUGGAACAUAUUUCCUGCCUCAGUCCUAUCAAAUCCUUUAAUUAUCUUAAACGUUUCAAUCAGAUCCCCUCUCAAUUCCAGCAUGUAUAAGCCCAAUCUCUCCAAUCUCUCUGCGUAAGACAGCCCUGCCAUCCCAGGAAUCAACCUAGUGAAUCUACGCUGCACUUCCUCAAUUGCCAGAAUGUCCUUCCUUAAACCUGGAGACCAAAACUGUACACAAUAUUCCAGGUGUGGUCUCACCAGGGCCCUGUACAAAUGCAAAAGAACAUCCUUGCUCUUGUAUUCAAUUCCCCUUGUAACAAAGGCCAACAUUCCAUUUGCUCUCUUCACUGCCUGUUGCACUUGCUCAUUCACCUUCAUUGACUGGUGAACUAGGACUCCUAGGUCUCUUUGCAUUUCUCCCUUACCUAACUCGACACCGUUCAGACAAUACUCUGCCCUCUUGUUCCAGCUUCCAAAGUGGAUACCUUCACAUUUAUUCACAUUGAAUGACAUCUGCCAAGUAUCUGCCCACUCACUCAGCCUAUCCAAGUCUCCCUGUAUUCUCCUAACGUCCUUUUCGCAUGUCAUCGUCAGCAAACUUGCUGAUAUAGUUUUCAAUGCCCUCAUCUAAAUCAUUGACAUAAAUCGUAAAGAGCUGUGGUCCCAAUACAGAGCCCUGUGGUACCCCACUAGUCACCUCCAGCCAGUCUGAGAAACACCCAUUCACUGCUACCCUUUGCUUUCUAUCUGCCAACCAGUUUUCUAUCCAUGUUGAAACCCUGCCCCCAAUGCCAUGAGCUCUGAUUUUACUCACCAAUCUCCUAUGUGGCACAUUAUCGAAUGCCUUCUGAAAAUCUAGGUACACAACAUCUACUGGCUUACCCUCAUCUAACAUCCUUGCUACACUCUCAAAAAACUCCAACAGAUUAGUCAAGCAUGAUUUGCCCUUGGUAAAUCCAUGCUGGCUCGGCCUAAUCCUAUUUCUGCCAUCAAGAUGUGCCACUAUUUCGUCCUUAAUAAUGGACUCAAGCAUCUUCCCCACGACUGACGUUAGGCUAACAGGGCGAUAGUUCUCCAUUUUCUCCUUCCCUCCCUUCUUGAAAAGUGGGACAACAUUAGCCACUCUCCAAUCUUCAGGAACUGAUCCUGAAUCUAAGGAACAUUGGAAAAUGAUUACCAAUGCAUCCGCAAUUUCCCAAGCCACCUCUUUUAGAACCCUCGGAUGCAGACCAUCUGGACCCGGGAAUUUAUUAGCCUUCAGUCCUACCAGUCUACUCAUCACAGUUUCUUUCCUAAUGUCAAUCUGUCUCAAUUCCUCUGAUAUCUUAUGACCCUGGCCCAUCCAUACAUCUGGGAGAUUGCUUGUGUCCUCCCUGGUGAAGACAGAUCUAAAGUACGCAUUAAAUUCUGUUGCCAUUUCCCUGUUUCCCAUAACAAUUUCUCCCAAUUCAUUCUUCACGGGGCCAACAUUGUUCUUAACUAUCUUCUUUCUCUUCACAUAGCUAAAAAAGCUUUUGCUAUCCCCUUUUAUAUUCCUGGCUAGACUGAGCUCAUACCUGAUUUUUUUCUCUCCGUAUUGCUUUUUUAGUUAAGAUCUGCUGUUCCUUAAAAACUUUCCCAAUCAUCUGUAUUUCCACUCAUCUUAGCCCUGUCAUACUUCUUUUUCUUUAAUGCUAUAUAAUCUCUGAUUUCCUUUGUCAACCACUGUGGCCCCUUCCCCCUCUUUGAAUCCUUCCUUCUCAUUGGAAUGAACUGCUUUUGCAUCUUUUGUAUUAUGCCCAAGAAUAUCUGCCGCUGCUGAUCCACUGUCUUUCCUGCCAGGGCAUCCACCCAUUUAACUUUGGCCAGCUCAUCCCUCUUGGCUCCGUAAUCUCCUUUAUUUAAUUGCAACACUGACACCUCUGAUCUGCCCCUAUCCCUCUCAAAUUGUAGAUAAAAACUUAUCAUGUUAUGAUCACUACUUCCUAAUGGCUCCUUUACUUCAAGAUCACUUAUCAAUUCCUGUUCAUUACACAUCACCAAGUCCAAAAUAGCCUCGUUCCUGGUUGGCUCAAGCACAAGCUGUUCCAAAAAUACAUCCCUUAGACCAGGGGUCAGCAACCUUUACCACUGAAAGAGCCACUUGGACCCGUUUCCCACAGAAAAGAAAACACUGGGAGCCGCAAAACCCGUUUGACAUUUAAAAUGAAAUAACACUGCAUACAAUGUUUUUUUUUGCCUUUAUGCUAUGCAUAAACAAACUAUAAUGUGUUGCAUUUAUGAAAUUGAUGAACCCCUGCAGAGAAACCGAAAUUAUAUUUCUGCAUGCAACAAAAACAUUUUGAACUCCGAAAAAAAGACGUUGGGUUGAAGGUUACUUUUAAGUAAAAUACUCAAUGUCUAUUUGAGUUCUUCUUGUAUUUAUGAAAAACGCUGAACUUAAAUUUUCCGCCAGCAGCAAACCAAAAAUAACGUCAGCCAGCUGUCAACCUGAAAAAUAAAAGGACUAUUUCACUGAACAAUGAAAAAAUAUGAAUAAUCCUAAAAUAAUAGGCAAUUAAAAUAUGUAUCAUACUUGGUUAAUGGGAUUUCUGCUCCUGGACCUCAGCGCACAGCAUCUGCACAUCAGGGCUGUAUGACGUCACCUUCAUCUUUGCACAGGAUCGCAAGCUGUCAUCUGUGAGGCGUGCACGAUGUUUGUUUUUAAUAAAGUUCAUGUUGGAGAACACCUGCUCACAUACAUAUGUGGAUCCAAAGAUCGACAGGACUCCAAGCGCAUACUUUUUAAUGUUUACAUAAAUGUCAGGGAUAGCAUUCCAUGUUUCGAACACAAGUUUGUCCGGUUUAGGGAGGUUUUCAAUAUCACUCCAUUUGUGAUUCUGAGCAAGAACGGCCUUCUGACGGGCAACAUCUUCAAGGUCUGCUGUCAAGCGUCUAAACUUGGACACCUAUAUGUCUUUGUCGGCUAUUUCGGCCAGUUCCAUCUCAAGAUCAGGUUUACUCACACCUGCCAAUGCAGUCGUAUUCAGUAGAGAUGAAUCGAUGCUUGGGGGAGUGACCGGGAAGGAUAAUGUGUUUUUUUCCUCUCUGAACUCACAGAAGCGUUUCCCAAACGAUGUUUGCAUUGCGAUGAUUGCAGAAUGUAAAUACUCCGAACUUAUCAUGUCGUGACCUUGUUUGAACUCUCUCAAAUUGGGGAAGUGAGACAAAGUGCCUUUCUGUCAAUCUCUGGCAAGCACUGUCAACUUGCGCUCGAAUGCCAAAACUCCUCCAACAUUUGUAGGGCUGUACGUCCUUUCCCCUGAAGAGCUGUGUUCAGCGUGUUCAGGUGCGCUGUCAUGUCUACCAUGAAGUGUAGCUUUUCCAGCCCUUUGCUGCCCAGGAAAGUUUUCACUUCUUCCAGACACGCGACAAAGCGUUUCAGCACCUCCCCUCUGGACAGCCACCGGACUUUGUUGUGCAGCAGGAGAUCGGAAUAUGCGCUUUCCAGCUCGUCCAGUAACAAACGGAAUUGACGGUGAUUUGCCAUUAUUUUAUUGACAAUCUGAAUGACAACAUCCAUUACUUCUGUGCAUUCCGGAGGAAAUGAUUGAGCGCACAGUGCCUCUUGGUGCAAGAUGCAGUGAAAAAUCAGCAGCUUUCUGUCCAGCGACUUCUGCAGUAAAGCCACAAUUCCCUUGUGCGUUCCCGUCAUAUUUGGUGCCCCAUCAGUAGCUACUGACACCAGGUGGGUAGUCUUUAUUCCUUUGGCUCUUAAACAAUUCAAGACAGCCUCACAGAUGUCCUCCCCCCGUGUUUGGUCUUUUAGAGGUAUCAACUCAAUCAGUUCUUCCUGUGGCCCGGCAGAGUUUACAUACUGGCAGAACAGCGCUAUUUGUUCAAUAUCACCUUUGUCUUGAGACUCGUCACAGGCAAUCGAGUAGGCCACAGCUGAAUUGAUGUCUUUAAUUUGCUGUCUUGUGAUGUCUUCUGCCGUUUUUAUGGUUCUGUCUUUGACAGUCUUUGCAGAGAGGGGCAUAUCCCUGAUUUUCUGCACAAUUUCACUCUUGUUUUUAAAGUCCGUGAAUAGAUGUUCUGAAAUCUCAAUGAAAGAUUCUUUUAUAUAUUCACCAUC